UUAUGACACUCGUUCUCUUUACCGAAAAAGGGAAAAGGUUAGAGCACUCUCGCCGGAAGAACAAUGCUGUCGGCCUUCUGCAUGCUUCGCUUCGCCUAACCAGUGAUCAUCCUCCAUUCCUCCACUGUCUCUUGCAAGUUUGUUUAUCGCUGGGGAACUUGGAAUAUUGGAUUGGAUAAUAAGCAUCUGGAGGGCGGGGCUUUUUUCCCCUCGGUUCUACAUAUAUAUCUUUUGUUUUGAAGAGAAGGCUGUUGACCGUGUUUUUUCAAGCAUUGAAGCCUGUGAUUAAUCAGGUCAUUUCUGUAUCAUCAUGGAUAAUUCAUAUGGUGAAGACCAAGAUGAGGUAAGCGUGGUGGGAUUUGAAGUUCCAAGGUCGCCUGAUUCAAGCUACAAUAACCCGUACCCUGGCAAUGAAGAUGAGGCAAGGGACCCACCUCUUGUUCCUCCCCACUUGCAACAAACAUUGCUGAGCUUUCCAGCAGGCAGAGAUACCUCUGCCUCUCUUCCUUCGCCACAAAAUGUGAUUCUUAAUCAUCUCUACAUCGAGAACAGGGAGAGCCAACAAUCAGUGGUAGCACUCGGGGUCACGCAUCGCUUCCGCUCAAAAUUUGUUACAGUUGUGCUGUUCAAACCUAUUCAGAGGACGGGGGGAACAAGCACUUGAGGUGCAUUUUUAUAUCACCUUCAUUUGGGUUUGUUCCUUCCUUACAUGACUAUAGUUGUGGCAGAACUCAUACGGGAAAUAGCAAUGAAGUAAGUUAACUGUCUCGGUGCUGCUGAUGAAAUUUAGGUUCACUUUGUUGGGCUCCAGAGCUUAUUGUUGCAUAUUUUACUUGCUUCUUCCCUGGAGUAUUUAAAAUGGUAGUAGAUUUUAAAAUGUUUAUAAAGAUAUAUUGUCCAUAUUUUCCUUAUCAA